GGACACAGCAGAUCACCGAUCGACGGAAAGAGCCGAAGAUGUCGGCUCGGUCAUGUGAUCAGCUGUGUCCAAUCACAGCUGAUCGAAUGGGACAUGUACACUGAUCAUCAGGGCACUGAUGAUCAGUGUAACCCCAGCAGUGCCCCCUGACAGUGUCCAUCAGUGCCAGCUCUCAGUGCUCAUCCAUGGCACCUGCCAGUGCCCAUCAGUGCCACACCAAUGCCACAUAUCAGUGCCUACCAGUGCACAUCAAUGCCACAUAUCAGUGCCCAUCUGAGCUGCCUUUCAGUGUCACCCAUUAGUGCCAGUCAGUGCCACCCAUCAAUGCCAAUCAGUGCCACCUAUCAGUGCUGCCAAUCAGUG